UCAAUGCUUGCCGUUUCCUCUCCCAGCCUAAUACUCGCUGUUCAGGUACCGCAUGCACCGCCUAUCAUCAGCAUCAGGAGGCGACCACUGCAUAGAACAAUCCCAUUAGAAUCUCUAAGCUCAUAGAGAAUCCGUCGUUAACUCGACUCUUCUAUAGGCAGGAGUCAGGGCGUGCAGUGCGUGAGUUAUCCUCCCAACUUCCAUACACGAGACCAGGCCAGCAAGACAAGUUCCUGAAACCUUUUGAAAAAGCUCGAGGAUUUGGCGGGAAAGAGCAACGACUGGCCGUAGUGAACUCUUUCAAUUCCAGAAAUUUUUAAGGGUUUCCGUUUCUAAUUCUCAUGCAAUCGUUUCUAUACGCACCCUCGAAUUCUCACUACUUUCCACUUCAAUGGCAAUCCCGAGAAAUCAAACUCAUCAACCUCAAUUCCGUCUUCAAAAAACCGAACAAGUUCUCUCCUAAAACCCUAGCUUUUACGAAUUCAUUGAGAACCUCGAUUGGAUCCAACCCGGAAGAAGGCCUUGAUCAGGGACACUUGCCCGGAGAGGACGCGGCGCGACUCCCGGUGGUGAUUAGAAGGUCCGGUAGGGUUUCUAGAUACGUUUGGGACGGGAGUUGCCUGCGGUUGCUGGGGGUGGAUGGCGGAGCGGGGUCGUUUUCCAUCGAUUUCAAUGAUGGGUUCCGUCAAUUGUUUCGGGAUGCCAGUCUGGGGAUUAGAAACUUCUUUAUUCCCAAACAAGUUCCGGAUAAUUACAUGGGGUAUGUUAAGUGGAAGCUCUUGCAUCGGGUCUUUAGCUCCGCGUCUCAGGUUCUAGCGACGCAGGCAAUGUUUCAGGCUAUAGGAAUUGGAUACUCUCAGUCACUUCCAUCGGCGGCUGCCCUUAACUGGGUCUUGAAGGAUGGACUUGGUCGGCUAUGUAGGUGCGUCUAUACUGCUAGCCUAGCAUCUGCCUUUGACACCAAUUUGAAGAGAGUUAGGUUUGCGACAUCUGUUCUGUUCAGUCUGAGUAUUGGGCUUGAGCUGCUAACUCCUGCAAUUCCGAAAUACUUCUUGCUUCUUGCAUCAGUAGCGAAUAUUGCAAAACAAAUAAGCCUGGCGUGCUACUUAGCUACAGCGUCUGCUGUUCAUCGAAGCUUUGCAAUUGCAGAUAACCUUGGUGAAGUUUCUGCUAAGGCACAGAUACAAUCUGUGUGCUUUGACAACCUUGGUCUCAUGCUUGCUGCACUUCUGAAUAUGCUGUUCAAGAGCAAUCAAAGAUUGCUUGCAGGUUUACCUUUCAUUCUCUAUCCCAUUUUCUCAGCAGUUGACCUGUUUGGAAUAUAUCAAGGACUCAAGCAUGUCCAUCUGCAAACAUUGACUAAGGAUAGGCUUGAAAUCAUACUUAAUACAUGGAUCGACUUGCGGUACGUGCCUUCCCCUGCUGAAGUUAGUAAAAAGGAUGGAAUCAACCUACUAUCUAAAGGCAUGGAGUUCUGUCCUAUCAGAAUAGGGUUCUUAAACACUGAGAGUCAGAUACCUAAGUUAUCAAUGAUGGCAAUGCAUGCUUUGACUGGCAAGGAUUAUUACUUCAUAUGCAUGGAGAAAUUUUGCAGUGGAUUUUCCAGAACUACACUUCAUGGUUUGCUUCUUUGUGUACGUGAAGGGGCUGAGACUGCAGAUGUCAUCAUGGGUUUGUUGCAGGCAUGCUACAUUCGCAAGGUCCUCCUUUUGAACCAGAAUAGAUGGGGGAUCAAUCUUGAAGUUAGUGAUUACUCGGACUCCGAUCUUAAGGAGUGGAUUAAAUUGGUUGAUGAUAGCAAGCAGUAUUCAGAAGCGGAUAUGCACCUCUUGACUGAUGAAAUGGAAGGGAUGGGUUGGGCUAUUAAGAACAUUUUACUAAGUAUGGGGGAGCAGGCUCGAUACAGUUAUGUCGAUAACUGACAUCACUUGGUUCUUUUGUUUGUUCAAUUUCCGGGGGCCUCAUCGGAGAGUUUUGGGGAUCAACUGUCUUCAGAGCAUACAGCAUUAUAUACAAGUCACCUGUGACAUUGCUUAUACACAUAUAGCUUCAUUGUUGUUGUACUCAAUUGUGCAACUUACACAGAAAGUGAAGAACCUGUUUUAAUCAGAUGUAAUUUAUUGUCCAUUCAUCAUUUGGACAUUGUAUUGGUUUAAGCACAAGUGAAAAGCUAUGUACUGUGGAUCAUUUAAUGAAUUUGUAUAUUCAGCUUAAAAA